CACCGCGCCUUCUGGUGACAUCCACGCUACGAUGAGGUGAAGCGGUUGUUUUCGUCUAGGUGGUUGUAAGUAGCUGCCUUGAAAUUGAGGUGUAACGGCUGUUAUUACCGGAAUUAACGCGGUGUCCCGGGCCUGUAGGGUUUCCGUUUCCCUCUGGAAUUACCGCCAGACCAAGGCUUUCACUCUCCAUCUCGUUUUCGGUGAGUUUAUCGCCAUGUUAUCAUCCAUUCCCACCAGGCUUAUUGCGCGAAGGUCGCGCAGCCUGUCACCGUGCAGCCGCGUGCUCCAGACCAGCGCAGGCGGCGCCGCGUGCCAGAGCAUCCGCGAGACACCGGCGGAGAUCAACCGCAACCCCAUCGUGUCCACCUCCCGGGUCUCCAGGAGGGGGAUUUUGGCGGAGGAGACGGCAGGUACCAGUGUGAACCCGUCGGUGCAGUUCCACCACCUCGCCCCUAGAUGGCUGUCCAGCCUGGAGAACCGCCGCAGCUCCUGGGCGGCUUUGGCCAGCAGGGGGCGCAACAACAACCAGUACUGGGAGGAGAGCAGUGGGGGUGAGGGCCGGGGGACAGGUGGACGAGCCAGCCGGGCAGGAGUGGCCUCUGCCGGUGUGCUGUCUGCUGCAGCCGUGGCCUUCUGCCUGAAGAAAGACUCUGAUAACAAAGGUGAUGCUCUUCUUGAGGCAGCAAGGACCUGUAACUCUCAAGAUGUGGCCAGGCUGGUAAAAGAGGGGGUCGACCCAAACUACCGCCACCGUCUAGGAUGGACCCCUCUCAUGGUAGCGGCCAUGAACCGACAGCACAGUGUGGUAAAGGUUCUGCUUGAAGCCGGUGCUGACCCAAAUGCCGGAGACGACUUCAACAACGUUUACGACACCUCGCGGGAGAAAGGCAUCCACUCAUUGGAAGUCCUUGUGUCCAGAGAGGAUGAAUUCAGCAGCAGGCUCAGCAGCAGGGCCGGCUUCCGGGGUUGCACAGCGCUUCAUUACGCCACGCUGGCUGAUGACCCACGCACUGUCCGCAUGCUGCUGGAGGCUGGUGCCAACCCCCUGCAGACCAAUGCUUUGGGACACACAGCACGGGCCUACGCUAAGGAAGGAGAAGUGAGCAAAGUGCUGCAGGAGUUUGAGGGCAAGUUCCAGGAGGCGCAGGCUCGGCGGGAGGCGGAGGAGAGGAGGAGGUUCCCCCUGGAGAGGAGGCUGAAGGAGCACAUCAUCGGACAGGAGGGGGCCAUCAAUACCGUGGCCUCAGCCAUCAGGAGGAAGGAGAACGGCUGGUACGAUGAAGAGCAUCCUCUUGUAUUCCUCUUCCUCGGCUCAUCAGGAAUCGGAAAGACCGAGUUGGCCAAACAGGUGGCUCGCUACAUGCACAAGGACAUCAAGAAGGGUUUCAUUCGUAUGGACAUGUCCGAGUUCCAGGAAAAACACGAGGUGGCAAAGUUCAUUGGCUCUCCGCCGGGAUAUGUGGGACAUGAGGAAGGGGGUCAGCUGACCAAGCUGUUAAAGGCGUGUCCCAACGCUGUCGUCCUGUUUGAUGAAGUUGACAAGGCCCACCCUGAUGUUCUGACUAUCAUGUUGCAGCUCUUUGAUGAAGGUCGCCUCACAGACGGCAAGGGGAAAACCAUCGAAUGUAAAGACGCCAUCUUCAUCAUGACAUCCAACGUUGCAAGUGACGAAAUCGCCCAGCAUGCACUCCAGCUUCGGCAGGAAGCUGAGGUGGUCAGCCGCAGAAAGCUGGCCGACAACCUCGAGGAUGUACAGAAGAGUGAUGACAUCACAAUCUCCCGACAGUUUAAAGAAUCUGUGAUUCGACCGAUCCUGAAGGCUCAUUUUCGGAGGGACGAGUUUCUGGGUCGUAUCAAUGAAAUUGUGUACUUCCUGCCGUUCUGUCACUCAGAGCUGCUGCAGCUGGUCAGCAAAGAGCUCAACUUCUGGGCCAAGAAGGCUAAGCAGCGCCAUGACAUCACUCUUCAGUGGGAACGCCCAGUUCUGGAGCUGUUAGCGGGCGGGUAUAACAUGCAUUAAGGAGCACGCUCCAUCAAACAUGAGGUUGAGCGUCGGGUUGUCAACCAGUUAGCAGCAGCGUACGAGCAGGAGCUGCUGCCCAAAGGCUGCACCCUGCGUCUGUCUGUCCAGUCGGAGGACCGGGAGGAGCGGAGCACGCCCAGUCUGCGCCUUGAGGUGGUAGGAGAGGACAGCUCUUCAAGAACGCUGGACAUCCGUCCACCGCUCAGCCCUGAACACUAACACAAUGCAGAAACACAGAGGAUAUAUACAAAUAAAUAUAUAUAUAUAUAUAUAUACAUAUAUAUAUAUAUGCACACAUGUACACUUUCCACACACACAAUAUCAUCAUCAUCAUCAUCAUCAUCAUCAUAGUGUCAGGCAGAUGGAUGGUUCUUGAUGGAUUUAACCAAUAAAAGUACCUCUGAUAAACACAUCACUGCCUCUCUGUUUCAGUACACAUAUGCAGUAAUUACAUGCCAAAUGACAUGACAGUGUAUCAGCCAACAGUGUGCUGUAAAAAGUAAAGUCAGCCUACUUGAACGUUAAAGUUUAUGUUACAACAGAAUCUCAUAUCAGCAGGGACUGAUAUCAAGAGCUGUGCACACGGCCUCAUUAGAUAUAAAAUCUAAGCGCAGGGUGAGUGAAUGUGUCGCAGGUUGUAAACGUAGCAUAGAGGCUUCAGCGUGCAGCGUCAUGAACAUCAAACAUCAGACAUCUCAUCAGUGGAUUGAAACCAUCGUAUUAGCUGAAACAAAAGCUUAGCAGCUUUACGUCUGUAGUAGCCUACUGUUAAUAAAUGUAGCUGUGACGUAGUUAAAAUUAAUGUCUGCUUUAUCGUGUGGAACACUAAAAACAGCCUAAUUAUUUAAUAUUUAUUAAAUGUGCUCUAUACAACAUAAGGGAACAUGGGGUAAUGGCAUCCCGAGCAGAGAAUGAAGUCACGCUCUCUUUGUGUGUUGUCUGUUUGCGAGUCCCUGUUUGUGUAUCCCACAGGCUAGCUAAUUACCGCUCUGCACUGUGCUCAUAUGACAGUUACCGCUGAUAACACUGUCCUGGCACGUGGUGGGAUGGCGUUAUCCUGGAAGCGUACCACCCACACCUAUGUUAACAUGUUAGCUCUGUCAGCACUGUGGCCAUUGUUAGCACCGUUAGCUGCUAGGUGCUAGCUCAGCCACCUACAUGUUGAGAACCAAGUGCAGACAAUCCUGGCCCAGACUCUGAAUCAUGCUCUACAGCUUCCUUUAAGGAUAUAUAUAAGCAAAGUUAAUGACAGUAUAUCUGGCAGUUUGGAGGCCAAUGAAGCCGACAUGAUUUUGAAGAGACAAGAUGUCAAAUGGAAAACAUUAACGAGGAGCAAAACUUAAAUCUCUUAAACACCAAGUAAUUUGAUUUAAGAAUGACGGAUGUUUUGCCAAAGUGAGAUCAAUAACAGCCACUUUAAGUUUGUCAGUUUGCCGUGAAGGAAAGGAAGGUAUUAACGACCAAAGAUAGUUUGACGUUGCCUCAGAUCGUGUUCACUUCAAUGCACAUUUAUGUAAAACUCCUCACCAGCAGAGCUCCACUGAUAAAUGUUAGUCAGCACAACCUGCUUAUUAAUUUAAUUUUAGUAAAGAAUGUGUUAGUGGCGAAACACCAAGCAGAAAUGUAUAGCAGCCCAUUUGAAUGAUGGGUAAUAUAACUGCCUUGUGAAUUGUUUCUGUUGAUGCAUGUUGAUGUAAAGACGUCUCGCCUGUCACAACAGAGGCUCUGGUGCUGUACAGUGUGUGUCUAGCUUAAAAAAUCUAUCUGACAUUAAGAGGAAUUUAGAGUUGUGAAGAAAUAAUAUUCAAAGUGUUGUUUCAUAAAUGUUUGAACAGCAUGUUGACAAGGCGCCAAAUGUAAGCCAGCGACAUUUUUCAUUCUUGUAUCCCAACCUCCACCGAGUAAAUAAAGCCAUCACAACAAAAAGGGAA